UUUUUUUUUUUUUAGGUAUGAACGCUGAGACUUGCGUUUCAUACAGCGAUAUGACAUCCAUGGAUUCAUAUUAUAGCCCCUCUGCUGCACAAGGUAGGGAUCACCAGACGGACCUCUUUAGGACAUUCUCGUCGACUGACACCAAAUACAGUCCCACUGCCUUCCUGUCCAACAAAGGUCAGGCUUACGGGGAAAAGUCGCGGAGCCCGUUCCACCAGGAGUGCCAGUCAUUGGAUGCCGCCGCAGCUGGGCAAGGCUCUUUCAGCAAAUACCACCUCUUCAUGCAGAGGUCCUCUUGCAAAACACCCCCCGAAGAGGACAAGCUGCACCAGGAGAGAGGACACAACGGAGGGCUCAUCCCGUGCUAUGGUAAAGACGGUUCAGGUCUGACAGACUCUGAUUUGGCGCCGGACUCGGACCAACCUGGGAUGGACACCAGAUACCUGACCAUGAAGGAUCAAAGCGUCAAGGCGGCCUCAGACAGGCCGCCGGGCACAGACUUAGGGAGCCCGCUGGACAAAACCGACGCCGGUGAGAGCAACAAAGGCAAGAAGAGGCGCAAUCGCACCACCUUCACGAGCUACCAGCUGGAAGAGCUGGAGAAGGUUUUCCAGAAGACGCACUAUCCAGACGUGUACGCCCGGGAGCAGCUGGCCCUCAGGACCGACCUGACAGAAGCGCGUGUGCAGCUCUGCAGAGAUAACGACACUCACAGAACAACACGAGAGAUUUAUCUGGUAAUGUGGGAGUCGCGGGAGAGAGUGGGGGAGUGGGAAGGAGCAGAGGCCAGGGGGGCCCAGGGGGCUGAGGUUUGGUUCCAGAACCGACGAGCAAAAUGGAGAAAGAGGGAGCGUUUUGGCCAGAUGCAGCAGGUCCGAACACAUUUCACAUCUGCCUAUGAGCUGCCUCUUCUAACGCGGCCGGAGAACUAUGCACAGAUUCAGAACCCCUCCUGGAUCGGUGGCACCAGUGCAGCCUCUCCCGUUCCGGGCUGCGUCGUGCCCUGUGACACUGUGACUCCCUGUAUGACACCUCACCCUCACUCUGCUAGCGGGAUGUCUGAUUUCUUGGGCGUCCCGAGCCCCGGGGGCCACGUAGGACAGCCUCACAUGGGCAGCCUGUUUGGAGGCUCCCCCGGCAUGGCCGCAGGUAUCAACACAUACGAUCUCAACAUGGACCCCGACCGCAAGUCCUCCAGCAUCGCUGCACUGCGCAUGAAAGCCAAAGAGCACAGCGCAGCCAUAUCAUGGGCCACAUGAUUUUGCGGAUACUU